AAUAUAAGUUUUUACCAUCGUGUGCUUAUAGGACAUGUAACAAUAAAAAGAAAUACAAAUUUUUAUACCUUUGAUUAAUUUCGACUGAUAUUUAUGUGAUUUAUGUAAUAAAAUCAUUUUUGUAUUUAGUUUGCAUCAUUAAAGAGGUUAUCCAGAUUUGUUCUUGUUAUUUUAUAUUAAGUAUCAACCAUGGGGAAGCGCAAUAAUAUGAUCCCAAAUGGACACUUUCAUAAGGAUUGGCAACGAUUCGUUAAAACUUGGUUCAAUCAACCAGCUAGGAAAAUACGACGCAAGCAAACUCGUAUUAAAAAGGCAAGAGCUCUUGCUCCCAGACCAGUAGGUCUUCUAAGACCUGUAGUACAUUGCCCGACAUUUCGCUAUCACACUAAAGUUCGUGCUGGUAGAGGAUUCACACUGGCUGAGCUAAAAGCUAGUGGUUUAAAUAAGAGAUUCGCUCGAACGAUCGGUAUUGCGGUCGAUCCACGUCGUCGUAAUAAAUCUAUUGAGUCGUUGCAGACAAAUGCACAACGGUUAAAAGAGUAUAAAGCCAAGCUGAUACUCUUCCCAACAAAUGAAAAGAAGCCACAAAAAGGUGAUGCGACUGAGGAAGAAAUGAAGUUAGCUACUCAAGUAAAAGGAGACCCAAUGCCAAUACGACAUCAAGCACCUGCUAAAGCUCGGGCACGAUCUGUAACAGAAGACGAAGCCAAAUUCUCUGCAUAUGUCACCCUUCGCAAAGCAAGAGCAGAUGCACGUCUGGUAGGCGUUCGAGCAAAGCGGGUUAAGGAUGCUGCGGACAAUCCUGACGAUUUAACCAAGGUUGCAAAGGACAAAAAGGCUAAGAAAUAAUUUUAUAGCUUUUUUCCUAAGCAAAUAAAAAAAUUUGUCCAGUAACGGAUAAA